AAACCACUUCUCUCUCAACCAUUCACCACCGCCGGAAAAUCAAGAACUCCGCCGGAGAUCCUCUACCAAUCACCACCCUUCAAUUCACACUUGUUUUCUUGGAGAUAUAUAAUAAUAUGGAUCGAAAGAGAAGUUCUUUGAAUCUUUUUGAAGAUAUCGAUCUCAAUUAUAAAGCAACCGAGCUCCGAUUAGGGUUGCCGGGAACCGAUGAUCAGCCGGAGAUAAAGACAAGUCUUUCCGGUAACAAAAGAAGUUCAUCGGAGAUGGAAUCCAGCACCUGCACAGAUGAAAAUGAAUCAAGAUCUGCAUCACCCACCAAGGAGCAAGUUGUUGGGUGGCCGCCGGUGAGAUCUUACCGGAGAAACAUAGUGCAAGGGAAGAAGGAGUCGUCGGAGAUGGGAUCAGGGAUGUAUGUGAAAGUGAGCAUGGAUGGAGCUCCAUAUUUGAGGAAAGUAGACCUCAAAAUGUACAGAAGCUAUGAAGAACUAAUGGAGGGUUUGCAGAAGAUGUUUAAGUGCAUUAUAGGGUUGUACUCUGAGAGAGAAGGGUACAAUGGAUCACAGCAUGCACCAACUUACGAAGAUAAAGAUGGAGAUUGGAUGCUUGUUGGUGAUGUACCAUGGGAGAUGUUCAUCACUUCGUGUAAAAGACUCAGAAUUAUGAAAGCUUCUGAAGCUAGAGGGUUGGAUGAUUCUCUAUAAACCCUAAUUAUACUUACAAUAUCAUAUAUAUAUAUAUAUAUAUAUAAUAUGAAAAAGAGGGUUUUUGGUUUUUUCAAGAAAGAUUUGAGAAACCAUAUCAUAACGGUUUUUGAAU